GCCAGACUGCCGAGCGCGUCGGGCCUCCCGCUUCCCCGCGCCACGCUCGGCCACGCCGCGUCCCGUGAUCGAACACCACAUAACAAAACCUAAGUUACCGACCGUCGCGAGUGCAUUAUGACACUAGUGAGCUAGCGGGCCGCUGUGACGGUGUCAAUAAUCCAUGUGUAUGUGUUCACGUGCUUUUGUGUUGUGUUAGGUUGGGCCCGUGACGAAAAACGUUCGUGGUGGCCAGCGGAGCCUUGCACCCGGGCUCGGGCCGAGCUUUCAUGGCUCAGCCUAGGUACGACGAAACCCUCCACGGUGGGGGAUACAUGGAGGGAGGCGCGAUGUACCACGAGCACAGACUGACGCACCCCCACCUCCCUCCGGUGCACUACCCCCCGCCCGCGGCGCCCGCGCACGCGCUCCCCGGCGAGCCCCUAGUCCACAAGAGAGACAAGGAUGCCAUAUACGGGCAUCCGCUGUUCCCCCUGCUGGCUCUGAUCUUCGAGAAGUGCGAGCUGGCGACGUGUACGCCGAGGGACCCUGGGGUGGCAGGCGGGGAUGUGUGCUCCUCAGAAUCCUUCAAUGAAGAUAUCGCAGUUUUCAGUAAACAGAUACGCCAAGAAAAACCUUAUUACAUAGCAGACCCAGAGGUCGACUCAUUAAUGGUGCAAGCAAUACAAGUACUACGGUUUCACCUAUUAGAAUUAGAAAAAGUACACGAGCUGUGCGACAAUUUCUGCCACCGCUACAUCAGCUGUCUGAAGGGCAAGAUGCCCAUCGACCUGGUGAUCGACGAGCGGGAGUCCGCGCGGCCGCCCGACGCCAACGGCGAGCCGCGCUCCGCCCCCGACAGCAGCCACGACGGCGCCUCCACCCCCGACGUCAGACCACCGUCAUCGUCGCUGUCAUACGGCGGCGUGGCGAACGACGACGUGCGGUCCCCGGGCUCCGGUGGGACCCCAGGGCCCCUCAGCCAACCUCCGCCGCAGACGCUCGACGCGACCGAUCCAGAUGCUAUGGGCAAAUGGUGCCCGUCGCGGCGCGAGUGGUCGUCACCGCCGGACGUCGCGCGGCGGGUGUACUCCUCAGUGUUUCUGGGUAGCCCCGGUGAGUACCCAGGAGAUGCCAGUAACGCGAGUAUUGGCUCCGGGGAGGGCACGGGGGAGGAAGAUGAUGACACGAAUGGCAAGAAGAACCAAAAGAAGAGAGGGAUCUUCCCGAAGGUCGCGACGAAUAUCCUGCGGGCGUGGCUCUUUCAGCACUUAACGCAUCCGUAUCCGUCGGAGGACCAAAAGAAACAAUUAGCACAGGACACAGGGUUAACGAUACUACAAGUAAAUAAUUGGUUUAUCAACGCGAGACGUAGGAUAGUGCAGCCUAUGAUAGAUCAAUCAAACAGAGCAGUGUUUUACCCGGCAGUGUUCCCGCACGCGGGUCCCAGCGGCGCGUACAGCCCCGAGGCGACCAUGGGCUACAUGAUGGACGGGCAGCAGAUGAUGCACAGGCCCCCGACGGACCCAGCCUUCCACCAGGGCUACGCGCACUACCCGGCCGAGUACUACGGCCACCAUCUCUAAUCUAUCCUGCACAUUUGUACAUAUAUUGAUAACGGAGAGAGUCCGACGCAGCGAGCCGAGGGCGGCGUCCUCUGUGAUAUAUGACACCGGCACGGACAGACGCGCAAUUAUCGCGCAACUAACGCGCAACUCACGCGCGACUCCCGCGCGACACCAUUCUACAGGAGAACGAUGCUACACUGUACAUAAAGCGAUACCUUUUGUAAUAUUUGAAACAGUAUACGAUCUCCUAAAUUAAGAUUUAAAGUCAACUUUAAUGUUUAAAUUAAAAUGUAAAUUUACGCGACACUGUGGACGAUGUAAUAUAACUGGUGCAAUCACCUUAUAUAAAUAAAUAAAUAAACGGUUUUAUCACUCGGAACAAUAGGAGCAAAGUUGAUGAAUGUAACAAUAAAAGUGGUUUGAUAGUUAUCGUAUAAAUAUUUAUAGCUAAUUGUGUAUUGUUAUUAUUAAAUAUAAAUAAAUAAUUGAAUAGUUGUAAGUUGUAACUAUCACUGGAAGUACUUGGGUCGCUGUGGACAGAUGGUAAUAGAAAAUGGGACUUUUGUAAAGGAGUUGUGUAUGUAAUUGGUUUAUUUAGAUUUGUUUUUUAACAACUUUCCUUGAUUGAGGGACGGCGCGGGGCCGAGGGCAGGCGGGACUAACGGCGAGCUCGCUGGUCGAGUUCGCCGCUGUUUGUUGCGCACGAAUCGCUCGUGUGUCGCUGACAGUCGCCCGUCUGCCGCCGGUCGAGCGCCGCCGCUUGCCUUAAUCUAACCCGUGAAGUACUUUAGUAUGGAAUGUGUUGCGUCUGUUACCUACCAACUAAUUUAUUCAAUAAUUAAUUAUCACGCUCAAAUUGUACUUCUAAACGAACGUCAAUUUCUUGUAUCUUAAUUUUAAUUGUCCGAGCAGCAGUUUCGUGUUUUGCGUUACAGGUGAAGUACAUAUCUUGAAAUAUAUAUAUAUUUAUUAAUAUAUGAUGAUAUUGUGAAUUUAGAUAUGAUUGUUUCACCUUGCCUUGGUGUUCAGUAAAGUAGCACAAUUUGUAACCGAUGUAUACGAUAACAAAAUGAUAUUUUACAAUGUUAAAAUAAAAGAGAUUUUUAGGUAUAUUUUGUCUUGGGAAUAAAUACCUGACAUCGAUUGCCUUCUACGUUACCAGGAGACCAUGAAUUUUUAUUGUUCUUUCGCGCGCGGCUCGCGAGUUAAAAAAUUAUAAUGUUUAUGCAAUAGUGUUGAUUGACUGUUGGUAGUUUUUUAAUUCGCCAGCCAUGCCGCUUAGAUGUUUAUAGUGGGGCAAAAGUCGUGUGAUUUUUGUGACUGAUAAAUCUUGUGAGCUUCACAUAGAGUCCUAGAUUAUUACAAGCCGUUCAUUCACUGUUCCGUGGCGGCAUGCUCUAAAGAUUUUAGCGUUCGGUUCAUAUAUAUCAGAUUUAGAUUAAGCCACGGGACUAUGUAAUGAUAUUACUAAAUAAACAUGAGAAUACGUUAAGGUAAUGCACCGCAUUACAGCCUUAUGCCAUGUAUACGAACGGGAGUUAUAAAAAAUGUCAAAAUGGUCUUAGCUACGGUAUAACUUCGAUAGUGGAAUAAGUUAUCCGGAAACAAGCUUUAUUCUAGUGUAAUAACCACCAUAUUGUCUUGUGAGACUGGCGCGACACGAUUGUUUUGUUAUCGGCCCAGGCUGAUGGGAGAUACUGUUGCGAGAUAUGCAAUUAGAGCGUCGUAAACCAACCGUGUCACGCCUUAGUGUAUCAAUUAGAAAGUUUGUUAUCUUUUGUAAAUAUACUUAACGUGGUAUUAUAUGUUUCGUUCGUUUGAUCCUUGUAUAUUGCAGUUUCAUUUCCAGUGUGGUCUCAGUAUUAAAAUGGAAUGGUUUCUAAUGAGGACCGCGCAUACAUUUCGUUUCUUGUGCAACACCAAUCUUUGUUGAUAUUCCCUUUUAUUAUUGUUAUUUACAUUGCGUGUAAUAUAUUUUUAUUAAGAGGAAAAUCUUAAAUAGUAGUUGUUAGGCAUUAAUGUAUUAAUUGAAGAAUUUUAUUUUGAUUUUUCUCUUUAUUAUAUUAUGUAUAUGUACAUUAUAUAUAAUGAUUUGAAAGUCAUCAAGUUACUGUAAAUAUAGCUACUAAAAUGGACAUUGUGAGUCUGUCAGCGGUAUUAAACAAUUAUUAUUGAACGGUUCGAGAAAGAAAGUUAAUUAUAUAUUUGUAUUGUAUAAUUUUGGCGAGGUACAUAUUAUUAUAAAUAUGAAUUAUACAUAAAUAGUGAACUGGUUUAUAUAAUAUAAAUAAUAGCACCACCCUCACGCUGACGGAUCGAGUGGAGAUACUGACGAAACUGUGUCGGCAUUAUGAAUGCUACGAAUUGUGUAAAAAAUAUU